AUGGCAAGUACGUCUUUCAAGGAUCGCAACCUCCUCGCGGUCAUUGGCGAUGAAGAUACUGUGACGGGUCUCUUGCUGGCGGGUAUAGGAAAUGUGGACAAACAGAAGCGGAACUUCCUGGUAGUGGAUUCAAAGACGAGUGUCUCUACCAUUGAAGCUGCUUUCGAAGAAUACACAGAACGCAAAGACAUUGCCAUCCUCCUGAUCAACCAGCAUGUUGCUGAGAAGAUUCGCCCGCUAGUCGACAAGUAUAACCAGGCAUUCCCAGCCCUGCUCGAGAUACCCUCGAAGGACCACCCCUAUGAUCCUUCCAAAGACUCUGUGCUGAAACGGGUGCAGAAGCUGUUUGGCGACUAA